CUGAGACUUACCACUGCAAUGUAUGAGUGCCAGCCCUGACCACCUACCUACCCAACCUGCACCCCACACCCCCAUCACCAGGGCUUACUCUGGGUUCAUGUGAUCUGCUGCACUCACCGGACCUCACUCACUGACAUCUCAACCCAGUUGUGAUAGCGAAGAGCUACCAGUAACAAUGGAUGAAAGUCUGGAUGUGACGACUGAAGGGAACUCCCUUAUUAAAGCUGUAUACCAGAGCAGAUUGCGCCUCACAAGACUUCUUUUGGAAGGAGGGGCUUAUAUCGAUGAGAGCAAUGAUCGAGGAGAAACACCGCUUAUGAUUGCUUGCAAAACUAAGCAUGUGGAUCAUCAAAGUGUAAGCAAAGUUAAAAUGAUUAAAUAUCUACUGGAAAAUAAUGCACACCCAAACAUCCAAGACAAGUUUGGGAAAACAGCACUAAUGCAUGCCUGUUUAGAGAAUGCAGGUUCUGAGGUGGUUUCUCUGCUGCUGGAAAGUGGAGCUGACCCCAGUCUUCAAGACCACACCGGCUUCUCUGCACUGGUUUAUGCAGUCAACUCAGAAGACAAGGAGACACUCAGAAUCCUGCUUAAUGCUUGCAAGGCUAAAGGUAAAGAAGUUAUUAUUAUAACUACUGAUAAAUCUCCAUCAGGAAGACAAAAAACAAGACAGUAUUUAAAUGUGCCACCUUCUCCAGGAAUUGAUGACCACAGUUCUCCAAGCCCAUGUACAUCACCUUCUGAAAUCGAACUUAAAACCUCUCCUACACCAAUUUCAAGUGCUUUUGAAGCAGAAAAGGAACUGUUUAACUUUAAAGAGGCUGAUACAUCUAUUGAAUUCAAGGGUUCCUCUGAGCCAGGUUCUCCAACAAAGAAAGCCCAUAUGAUGCAUAUUGGGGCUAAAUUACCACUUCUACAAAGAUUACAUUCCGAACCUUGGCUUAAAAUCCCACCAUCUCUUCUACAUCAGCAUAAAGUGUCCUCUUUGCAAGAAGAGCUUCAAGAUAUUACGCCUGAAGAAGAACUUUCUCUUAAAAUGAAUGGCUUGGUGUAUUCCAAGCGUUACUUCACUCGUCAUCAGAGUAUAGAUGUGAAAGAUCCUACUCAUCUUUUAAAAACAUUUGAUACCUCUGGUCCAAGGAAGUUUUCGUAUGAUGAAAUUCAUUCACAGUCACUGUAUACAGAAGGUACACCCAACAAAUCAGAAAUCCCUGUAGAUCAAGACCCUGACUCAGUAAAUACAAUAUCAGUAUCAAGCUUGAGGAGCAUAGUUCAAAGAAGAAAUUUAGGAGCAAAUCAUUACAGCUCAGAUUCCCAGCUCACUAGGUGUCAUGGUCCAGCUGCAACAGAGGACAGCAAAGUCCUUUUGGAGAAAAAGAAGAUGUUUUCUCCUUCUUCUCUACUGUCUGGUUCCAGGGAGUCUCUCGAAAGUGUGUCUGUUACACCCUUAAGUAGAAGGAACCACGCCAUUCUUGAGAGGCGAGGAUCUGGAGCGUUACUUCUAGAUCACAUUAGUCAAACCAGACCAGGCUUUCUUCCACCACUGAAUAUUAAUCCCCACCCUCCUAUUCCGGACAUUAGUGGUCACAACAAAAUAUCCAGUGUUACUUACCCGGGGACAAAAAUGCUUGUGCCCUCAGCUCCGCUCUUUCCAAAAGAGUCAAAGAGCAAAAAAAUGCUGCUUCGAAGGCAUUCAAUGCACACAGAACAGAUUAAACAACUUGUUAACUUUGAAGAGAUUCUUGGCUAAGGCAGGAUUUCAAAGCACACGUCUUGAAAGUGUUUUACAAGCUUUCUCUCCAGAUAGCACCUGCUGCACACAAUACUUCAGACCUUUUCUGUAAAGAAAACAGAUCCGUUCAGCUUAUGCUGGAUAAAUUAUUCAAGCAGUAAAAUGCUUGCUAGUUAGCAGUAAUCACAGUUUUCUCUACAAUAUAAAUGAAUUGCUGCCCUACAUAUGCAGUUGUCAGUGUACUAGCAGGCACGAGGAACAUGGAGGUAUGGAGUCACAGUUGACUCUAGCUUCCGGCUUUAAAUAUAAAGAAACAGUGGAUGGUGCUAGAGUUACAUCUUUGGGCAUCAACGUUUUAGUAUUUGGACCAGCGGGUCCAGGUUUAAUCCUGAGGUGAAUAUGAAACAGCACAGUAUGUUUAUCUUGUGAAAUUUUAAAACUCAGCCCUGCCUUUCAUUAAGUGCAUUUGACAUACUUUAUUGAAGAAUUUAUAUGCUGAAUCUAGGAGUGUACUCAAUAUUUUAAACCGUACCAAGUACAAGUGAUUGCACUAAGCAACCUAUAACUCUACAAGAAUUCACUUGGUUUCUUAGCACAAGAUUGCUUUGAUUUAUUUAUUUAAAUGCUUCUACUUAUUAAGCAUAGGUAAAAUAUAAAUUUACAUGUUUAUACUCAUGGAUAUGCAUGAGUGGCUGAUAUAUCAAUAUUCAAGGAGUGUACAGAUAUAUUGAUUGCUGGAAUAUGACCAUUUGUACACUGUUAUCGGAAAAUAUAUGCAUGUAAAUUGCUUAAUUUACCCAUUAAGAGGCGUCUAAAGAAAAUUGCUGUAUAUACUAAUGAUAUUUUUUGAAGACAACUAUGGCAUUGGAGUUGGUUGGUUGGUCCUAUUUAGAAUAUAAAUUACAAAAACGUUUGUGAUUAUGAAUAUCUCCUUUGAAGAUAAUGAGCAUAAAUGUUGAGGCACUAGGAAAUGCACUGGCAAUUUAGAAAGCAUCAUUACGUGUAUGGUGAAAAACUUGCCCUGUAGUGGUUACCUGAGGGCACGUUCAUGGUAUUAAUGUUUACUGAAGGUCGUGAAGCAGUGACAGUCCAGUCAACUGGAGUGAGAUGAGCAAUUAAUAUGGAUCUAUACUGUGAUGGGAUUUAAACCAAAGAGCACUGGGUUGGUCUGAGAAAAUGUAAAAUACCAAAAAUAUAUAAUGAUUCAAUAUUCAAGCAGUUCUAGUUAGCUUUAACAUAUUAAACAUUAAUGUUUUAUAGAUAUUGUUGAGGUUAUGAAAAAUGUAUUGAUCAUUUUAUUUUACAAAAGUUGCGAUUGUAUUCACAGUUUUUAAUUUCCCAUUACACCUCCAUAUGAAAAUGAAUUGUUUCUUUCUAUUGGCCACCUUUUUGUUUUCAUGGCAUAGCAUUGCUGCUUAUUUUCAUAUAUGUUUUGGUAUUGAGAAUUUUGUUAGCUAAAAUGGUAAGGUUAAUCCUGUGUCAAUGUUGAAAUUGAUUUGGCAUUCUGAAAUUGUUUUUGAGAUGUGUAAAUAAUUUUUAAUAUAUAACACUGUGCAAUUUAAAAAAAAUUACAAUAUUAAGGAUUGUAGGAAAAAUGUAUUUUAGUUGAUGAGAUUAUUUUGUUUUAUUCUAGAAACGAUUUAAUCUUUAAAACGAGCUUCAAAAUGUCUUUAGAAAUUGUAAAGUAGAAACUGACAAACAAUUUUGUUGUAAAGUUAAAAGGCGCCAUAUAACUGUGCUGUGAAUGGAUCCAUCUAAAACAAAAAUCAACUAAUGGCCAUUUAAAAAAGGUGGAGCUACUUUGUCUAUGUACAGUAAUAGAAAAUAUUUUUAUUUAAUAUGAGAACAAAUGUUCAUAUAGUGUUUAUUGAACUCUUCGAAGUGUUGAUUCUAUAUAAUGGAAACGUGAAGCAAAAUUAUUUAUUUAUUGCUUUACUGAAAAAUAUAUAUUUAUGACCAUAUUUUAUAUGUAAAUAAUUAUUUAUUUGUGUGUGAUACACAUUGGUAGUGUUAUAAAUGUAAAUGGAAUGUGUAGGUAUUUCCGUAUUAAACUGAAAACCCACACAAAAUGUUAUUUUAGUUUUAUGAGUGUGACAGGGUUCAGUCUUUAAACCAGAUAAUAUGUGCUGUAUUUGGCCUGAAUGGGGAGGAUUUCCCUCACCUGGUUUUGUUGCCCCACUACAGGGGUAAAAGGUGAGUGCGUCUCCUAUAUAAUCCCUUGCAGAUUUAUGUAGAGGGCAGAUUAUACAGAGACGUUGAAGCAUUUUUGUGGCAUACCUGUGCCACCUCUAGUGGACUAUCCACAAAUAGAUGGGUGAACCCACAGAUGUAGCAAACCGGGAAGCGCAUCUCCCAGCCAAGCAGAAACCAACAGCCAUCUGGUACAAAACCAUGAUCCAAUCCACCCAAAAACAAAUGGGUGUAACUAUGCUUUAACUGAAUACAGUCAUAUGUUUUAGGAAUAUAUAACAGCUUAGGUAGGCUCUGCUUAUGUACAGUACUCCAUGUAAAGCAUAUUAGUGCUUAGCCUCAGUGCAAUUCCUUAGCUGUGUAGGCUUUACAAAAGUAUGUGUUUUAUGAGCACAAUCAUAAUUAAACUGAAUCUAUGUUCACUUUAAACUUUCUUAUCCAUCACCAGGCAUGGAAAGCAGGCACCAGCUUAAACAGUAAGGCUGCUUUCACAUUGAGGCGUGCAGCCGCGGUGACGGUAUAGC